AUGUCGACUUUACGCUCAAACUCGGUUUGGAAUGUUUUUCCGUUCAUCUGCUGCUUCGUUUUCUUCCUCGGAGCGGCGGUGCCGUUGGCGGAAUCAUCGACUGUUGGAGUGAGCUACAUCUCUCGCCUUUUGGAGAUUCAGGAAAGAGAGAGAGCUCCUCCGUCUGUGCAAAUUGAUGCAGCUUAUGGAGUCCUCAAUCGCCUCAUUCCUUCUCAUGCCUCAAGCUUUGAGUUCAAAAUUAUCGACAAGAAGCUCUGUGGAGGGGAGCUUUGUUUCAAAAUAAGUAAUCAUCCUUCUUCUGGAAGAGAUGGCUCUUCUGAGAUCUUGAUAAGUGGAACUACUGGUGUGGAGCUUUCAUCUGGUCUUCAUUGGUACUUAAAGUAUUGCUGUGGAGCACAUAUAUCUUGGACGAAAACAGGUGGAGCUCAGCUGGCUUCAAUUCCAAACCCAGGCUUUCUUCCUCGCAUGCAAGAUGCUGGGAUAUUGAUAAAGCGACCUAUUCCCUGGAGCUAUUACCAAAAUGCUGUUACAUCUAGCUACACAUUUGCAUGGUGGAACUGGGAAAGAUGGGAGAAGGAGAUUGAUUGGAUGGCCCUUCAAGGUAUCAAUUUGCCGUUAGCAUUCACGGGACAAGAAGCCAUCUGGCAAAAAGUCUUCAAGAACUUCAAUAUUAGCUCUUCUGAUUUGGAUGAUUUCUUUGGGGGUCCAGCAUUUCUUGCAUGGUCACGAAUGGCAAAUUUACAUGGAUGGGGAGGGCCGCUGCCCCAGAGUUGGUUGGAUCAACAACUUAUGCUUCAGAAGAAAAUUCUUGCUAGGAUGUACCAGCUUGGAAUGACUCCAGUGCUUCCAGCCUUUUCGGGCAAUGUUCCAGCAGCUCUAAAACGUGUUUUUCCAUUGGCAAAGAUUACACAUUUGGGAAAUUGGUUUACUGUACAUGGUGAUCCUAGAUGGUGCUGUACUUAUCUUCUUGAUGCAACCGAUCCCUUGUUCAUUGAAAUUGGAAAAGCAUUUGUGAAGCAACAAUUAAAAGAAUAUGGAAGAAGCAGCCACAUAUACAAUUGUGAUACUUUUGAUGAGAACACACCACCUAAUGAUGAUCCAAAUUUCAUAUCAUCAUUGGGGGCCGCAAUCUUCAAGGGAAUGCAAAGUGGCGAUGAUCAUGCUGUUUGGCUUAUGCAGGGAUGGCUUUUUUCCUAUGAUCCUUUCUGGAAGCCACCACAGAUGAAGGCACUCUUACAUUCAGUUCCAGUGGGAAAGAUGGUUGUCCUAGAUCUGUUUGCAGAAGCAAAACCAUUGUGGUCUUCCUCAGAGCAAUUUUAUGGCGUUCCGUGUAUGCUGCAUAAUUUUGCUGGGAACAUUGAAAUGUAUGGUAUUCUAGACUCAGUUGGGUCGGGACCUGUUGAAGCUCGAACCAGUGAAAACUCAACUAUGGUUGGUGUUGGGAUGUCAAUGGAAGGUAUUGAACAAAAUCCUAUCGUGUAUGAGCUUAUGUCUGAAAUGGCAUUCCAGAAUGGAAGAGUGAAUGUUAAGAAAUGGGUGAAUCUAUAUGUCAAAAGGCGUUAUGGGAGAUAUGUACAGUCAGUGCAAGAUGCCUGGACUAUAUUGUAUCAUACCCUCUACAAUUGUUCAGAUGGUUCCCAAGAUAAAAAUAGAGAUGUGAUUGUGGCUUUCCCAGAUGUGGAUCCCAAGUCAAUUUCGAUACCUCAAGUAACAAUUGAUAGGGGACAUCAAGAGUAUGGAAUUCAGAUUCCAAGGAGAAACACCCUUGAAAAACUAACUGAUUCCUUCUACACACCUCACUUAUGGUAUUCCACUUCAGAUGUAAUUCAAGCACUGGGACUUUUCCUAUCAGGUGGAGAUCAGCUCUCAGAGAUUAACACUUACAGAUAUGACCUUAUUGACUUGACUAGACAAGCUCUGGGGAAGUAUGCAAACCAACUGUUUUUAAAAAUAAUAGAAGCCUAUCAUUCUGGUGUUCUUCCUGCAGUUUCUGAGUUUAGUCAAGAGUUUCUUACACUUGUUGAUGAUAUGGACAAACUUUUAGCAUGCGAUGAUGGAUUUCUGUUAGGACCUUGGUUGGAAAGUGCAAAGCAACUGGCUCAAGAUGAAGAACAAGAAAGACAGUUUGAAUGGAAUGCAAGAACUCAAAUUACAAUGUGGUUCGAUAACACAGAAGAGGAGGCUAGUCUGCUUCGUGACUAUGGGAACAAAUACUGGAGUGGGCUUCUGCGAGAUUAUUAUGGUCCUCGUGCGGCAAUUUAUUUCAAGUUCAUGAAAGAGAGUCUAGAGAGAAAUGAUGGUUUCCAGCUGCUAAACUGGAGGAGGGAGUGGAUCAAGCUUACAAAUGAUUGGCAAAGUAGCCGGAAACUUUUUCCAGUAACGAGCACCGGUAGUGCCUUCAACGUAUCAAAGUGGGUCUAUGAAAAGUAUUUGAAAGAUCCGGCGUUGCAUGAGAUCAAGUGA